AUGAAUGUCACAGUGCGCGUCCCCCCGUAACCAGCGUUGGAUCCCUCGCGUUAACCCGAGUUAACGCUGCUUGGCGAGUAGCCGUGCUGUUGCCUUGGCUACACGGCAGUUGAUUUGUUGGCCUAACGGGACGGGUUUAGUCGCGUGAGGUUCUGACACAGGCAUAUUUCUCGCUGUAAUCAUGGCUCUCCACCUGCUUUCAAGAUCUCUUCCUGGGCUCAUUGUAGAGUCAUCGUCAAUGAUUCAGCAAAAUACUUUUAGUGUAUCAGCUGCUGCAGCAGCCAUUCAGAAGUUGACAAGAGUGCGUGUUGUGGACAACAGCUCUCUUGGAAACACACCGUAUCACCGCUCCCCGAGAGUGAUCCACGUCUACACCAAGAAUGGCGUCGGGAAGGUCGGUGACAAAGUGUUGCUCGCCAUCAAAGGACAGAAGAAGAAGGCCCUGAUUGUUGGACACAAAAUGCCUGGAGAACGCAUGAGUCCACGCUUUGAUUCAAACAACGUUGUUCUAAUUGAGGAAAAUGGAAAUCCAACAGGAACAAGGAUUAAGGUCCCGCUACCAACCCAUCUGCGUAAAGUGGAGGGAGAUUACUCAAAAGUUCUAGCAAUUGCUAGUUCCUUUGUUUGAUAACACCUUUCUGUAAUGUCAGUUGUAUACUUUACGUCUACUUGGGGUUUAUGAAUAUUGUAUGCUUUGAUGUUGUCUUCAAUAAAAGUUAAAGUGAGCAUCAAAUUGUCUCUGAAGCA